UCCUGGUUGCGUCGAAGUUUGAGUCUCAAUGUAACAUCUGCUUCAAAAACAGUGUGUGGAAUCACGGCAACUUUAACUUCACCUCAGGACUGCCACUCGGCAAAAACAUCUCUCCAAGUGUGUACAUUUACUACUCGUUUUAUUUACUGUGUGACGAGGAGGAGGACUCUGAGUUCGGGACCAUGGCGACUAUAACGUGCAGAGUGCAGUAUCUGGAUGACAUGGACCCUUUCAUUUGCACCAGUUUCCCCGAGCCCAGGAGACCGCCGAUUUAUAAUUUCCAUGAAACCAUCCCCUUAAUAGCCCAAGUGGCAGGAGUUCACAAGCUGCUGGACUCCCCGCUGAAGUUGGAAGACUGUGCAUUACAGCUAGCUCCAAAUGGGACUUAUUUGGAUCUGGAGUUGUCACUGGAUGAACAGAGGGAUGACCUUGAAGGAUUCUAUGAAGAAGUUGGCAAAGGGAGACGACCUACCAUAAUCCUUCGGACCCAGCUGUCUGUAAGAGUUCAUGUCAUUAUAGAAAAGCUGUAUAACUCGACAGGCCCUGAUUUAAGAAGAUCACUCUUCUCUUUGAAACAGCUAUUCCAGGAUGACAAAGAUCUGGUGCCUGAAUUUGUAAAUGCCGAAGGAUUGACAUGUCUAAUCAAAGUGGGAGCAGAAGCUGACCAGAACUAUCAGAACUACAUCCUGAGAGCUCUGAGCCAGAUCAUGCUGUUUGUGGAUGGAAUGAAUGGCGUCAUCGGUCAUAAUGAGAGUGUCCAGUGGCUGUACACUCUGACUGGCAGCAUGUACCGUUUGGUGGUGAAGACUGCACUGAAACUCCUGUUAGUAUUUGUGGAAUACACCGAGAAUAACGCAGCACUUCUGAUCCAGGCUGUCAACAUUGUGGAUGAUAAAAGAAACACAAAGACAUGGACGAAUUUAGUUGAAAUUCUGGAGGAGAAGAAUGGAGCUGAUUCUGAGCUGCUUGUCUUCACUAUGACGCUUAUUAACAAGACCUUAGGAGCUCUUCCAGACCAGGAUUCAUUCUAUGAUGUUACAGACUGUCUUGAGCAACAGGGGAUGGAAAAAAUCAUCCAACGACACAUGAGUAAUAAAGGAACUGACCCUGACUUAAAGCAGCAGUUUACCAUUUAUGAGAAUGCACUGAAGCAUGAAGACGGUGAAGAUGAUGGACAGAUGCCAAAUGCACGAAGAGACAGGAGGAAGCUGACCCCAAAUGGGGAUGAUGGACGGAAAAACAGGCGAUCUUCAGGACAAAACAUGGCUGAGGUAUCAUCAACGAAUAGAUCAACCAGCCCAGCACCAGCAAGGCCGCAGAGCCCAACCCCUGGAAGACUGAGCCCUAGCAGUCCUACAAGGUUUGAUGCAAAGAGUUCAAAGGUGAUUUCCAUUCACCCAGCACAGCCUGACUCCCAAAGCCAUUCUGCAAUAACUUCAACCACAUCUCCAAGUGACUUAAACUCACCAUUUGUAGAUCAAGUACAAUCUUCAACAGACCUUGCUCCCAGAAAAUUAUAUUCGUCGUUCAGUAAGCCGGAUCUGCUAAGCUCAUCUUCAGAGGAGAAAACAAUGAAAGCAGGCUCUGGAGAAAAAAGUAUUUUCAAGGCUGAAAGAAUUUCUACUGGCGAUAAGCCAGUUCUGAGAAAGUAUGAAAAUCGCUUUUUAGAAAAUCUUGUUGCAACUCAAAGAGAGAGGGAUUUAAGCAAGUCAAGCUUUCCCAGAGAUAUUGCUUCCAUACCUACAGACAGACCCCCUGAUGUUGAGGUGCUAAGUGAAAAGGAGCAACAGAAUGAAGCAUUAAAUGAGAGAGAGCCAUGUUCAGCCUCCAGCAGUUCAUCCACCAGCAGUACAUUGGAGAGGGAAGAGAGGGGAGACAGACAGGCGGGCGAUAAUGAGACAGGUCGGUGCAUCUCCCGCCAGUCCAGCUUGGAUCAGUGCAGUGCCAUCUCCAAUGACAAGAAAUUCAUGCUUGACAUGCUUUAUGCAAAAACCAAGGUCAGCAACUUCCAAGUAACUAAGGAAGAGAUUCCGACUGAGAGCGAGAGGAAAGUCACAGAAGAGGUCUUGGUGGAAUCCACGGAGAGUCUGAUAAAACGCUUUUCUAGGCAGGCCAGCCAUCAGAAUGAGGAGACCCAAAGGAAACCUGAAAUUGAAAGCAUCCCUGGGAAUGUAAAAGCUACUUUGGGGAAAUUUGCUGAACCUCAGAUUAAGGUAUUGAAGGAACAGUUUAGCAUUGAGGCUGAACUAAAUGAGAAAAAUGCGGAGAAAACAUCCAUAAUUACACCAUUGAAGAAAGACUCUGAACAUAUGUGGGAUCAACUAGAAUCAAGUCCAAGAGUGCUGAAAAUCAAAGAUUUAGACUUCACAGAUCUCCGCGAGGAGGAGGACAUAGAUGUAUUAAAUGUAGACUCUUCCAUAGCCAAGUCAGGUGUUAAGCAUGAUCUUCCUCAACCGUCUGAUAGUUCAGUGGUUCCACCUCUCCCGCCGCCACCUCCACCCCCUGGAUGUCCACCUCCUCCCCCUCCACCACCACCACCAUCUUUUAGACAACUUCCUGGCCUUCCUCUACCUCCCCCACCUCCACCUACUAACUUAUUACCUUCCCACGGAGCAGACCCCACAUUAACAAAGAAGAAAAAGACUGUUAAGCUCUUCUGGAAGGAACUGAAGCAGCCGGAGAGCCCUUUCAGGAGCUGUAAGUUUGGCCGGGGCACUGUCUGGGCUUCCCUAGAUAAAGUGAAAGUGGACACCACUAAAUUGGAACAUCUGUUUGAAUCUAAAGCUAAGGAAUUACCCACGAAGAAAGGAGGAGAUGCCAAGAGGCAAGGAUUAAUUGUGCUGGAUCCAAAAAGGAGUAAUGCGAUUAACAUUGGUCUUACAGUAUUGCCACCAGUACAUAUCAUCAAAAAUGCCAUCCUCAACUUUGAUGAAUAUGCAAUCAACAAGGAAGGCAUUGAGAAAAUCUUGACCAUGAUCCCCACAGAAGAGGAGAAGCAGAAGAUUCAAGAAGCUCAGCUGGCAAAUCCUGAUGUGCCACUGGGAACAGCUGAGCAGUUCCUUUUAACUCUGUCCUCGAUCAAUGGGAUUACAGCCAGGCUGCAACUCUGGGCUUUCAAACUAGAUUACGAGUUCAUGGAGAAGGAAAUUGCAGAACCGCUGUUUGACUUGAAGCAUGGAAUGGAGCAGCUUGCAAAGAAUAAAACUUUUAAAUCCCUUUUGGCAACUCUACUUGCAAUUGGAAAUUUUCUGAACAAUUCUAGCGCCAAAGGAUUUGAACUGAGUUAUCUGGAGAAAGUGUCUGAGGUGAAAGAUACAAUUCAGAGGCAGUCUUUGCUAUACCAUACGUGUAACCUUGUGGUGGAGAACUUCCCAGAUACAACAGAUGUUUAUUCAGAAAUUGCAGCGAUCACCAGAUCUGCUAAAGUUGACUUUGAUCAACUGGCAGAAAGCCUUGCUCAGCUGGAGCGAAAAUGCAAAGCUUCGUGGGAUCAUCUGAAGGUCAUAGCUAAGCAUGAAACAAAACCCGUUCUAAAAAAUAAAAUGACAGAAUUUCUGAAGGACAGCACAGAAAGGAUCAUAAUCCUUAAAGUGGUACAUCGUAGAAUUAUAAACAGGUUCCAUUCUUUUCUGUUGUACCUGGGUCACCCUUCUAAUGCUGCCCGAGAGCUGAAGAUUACCAGGUUCUGUAAAAUAAUUAGCGAGUUUGCACUAGAAUAUCGGACCACCAGAGAACGGGUACUGCAGCAGAAACAGAAGCGGGCCGCGUAUCGAGAGCGGAACAAGACGAGGGGCAAAAUGAUCACAGAGACAGCAAAAUUCUCUACUGCAGCUGGUAGUACUGAGAGCAGCCCAGCUCCUGAAACACCAGCUCACCAACUACAAGCAGAUGAAGAGCACGAGAACAUGAAAAAUAUUUUGACUGUACCAGAGCCACAGACCCGAAGGAGCAGAGGCAAUAGAUCUAUUGGAAGAGUCAGUCCACCAAAUCCUUCUGUUCCUAAAGAUGAAGCAGCAAGUCCAGCUGAUGAUGCUACUGAUGAAAUCAUGGACCGCCUGGUAAAAUCGGUCACACAGAAUCCCAACCAGAGGCCAUCUACUCCUAAGGAACGCAAGAGAUCAAGAGCAAAUAGGAAAUCUUUGCGAAGAACCCUGAAGAGUGGUCUGACCCCUGAUGUGGUUCAAGCCUUGGGUUUGUCCAAAGCGCCAGAAGUAGAAGUAUAAGACAUCUUGGAAGCGAGCAAAGCUCAGUGACCAUCAACAACUGAGAUAUCUACACUAACAGCACAGAAAGAUGUCGAAAGUACUUUCAUAUCCCUCCAGAUUCCCAACAAGUUCCAGAACUUCACAAGUACUUUUAAUUGUUACAGUGGCCCUGGACCUUGUACUAGCACAUUGUUGGAAGGAAACAUGCGUUGAACUUAAGUCAUGUGAGGAGGGCUCACUAAAUCUGACAGCCCAAUUCAUUCUACAUAAUAGAUUCUGAGGGCAGAUAAGAUUUCAGCUAAAACAAUCAUAAAUGCUCCCUUCUCCAGUUAGGCUGAAUGAUGAUAUUUCCUCUCAAAACUACUAGUGUUCAACUGAAAACCCAUAUCUAUUUUCUUCCGCAAUAAAUUGCCUCCAAUCCUUUAUUGAAGGGAGCGGCUCUUGCAGCAAUUCCGCAGAUGUCGUUCAUCCUCCAAUAAUAUUGCCAUGAAACUGGAUAGUGAGUGACAUCGAGUUGCUGAACCAUGAAGGGCUUCACGGCUGAACUCGACCCUGUUCUCAUUCAUGGUGCAUAUGUGAACUUUGGGGGGAUUCAGUGGAUAGUGAUCAGGUGUGGAAGCACUGACCAAACUUCCCCUUCCCCAACCCAGAGACACUAAGACCCUUCCCACUGGUGUUUUUUCAGUAGUUAACAAGCUCACUACAGACCAGAGAUGGAACUUGGAACUUGGGUCUUUCCUGACACAUAUGGCUCACCCACUCAUCAUGCAUUUACCCACUGAGCCAACAGGAGAUGCCACUGAACUAUUUUAAAUACUAUGGACUUUAACUAGCUAUGGACUUAGUGGAACCUUUAUGUCUGUAACCAUAAGUGUUUAAAUUAUGUAAAAUUACUGGUCUUUAACCAGCACUAUGUUGUAAAGAUAUCUUAAACUGACAGAGUGGAGAAUUGAUACUAAUAAUAAUGAUAACUACAUUGAGUAAAAGCAAAUAAAGUAUAUCCAAUUGUCAGACUACAACAGAAACAUUUGGAGUUGUCCUCAUGCAGCAUAGUAAAAUUGCUGACCAACAGACCAACAUACUUGUGUGCAGUCAAUAUUAUGGAUACAAAUUUGCACUGGGUGUCACAUUAUUCUUUUAAAUGACCAUGCAGAGGCAGUAUUAAGAUCACACUUUUGAAAACCACUAAUUGAUAACUUAAUUGAUAGAUUGGUUGCAGUGUAGUUCCGACAACUACCUAUAAAGAUCCAAAAGUACUUUCCUUCAAAUGGUUUGCAAGGUUGCUGAAUUAGAGAAAUGCAGAAAUAAGCAAUUAUACUAACUGUUAUACAUAUAAUACAUAUCAUUCUACUUUUAAAAUAAACUAUAAGAUCAAAGGUCCUUCAGGAUUGUGUGAUGUAUUUUCAUGAGCUUUAUAUUUUUAUCCAUGAGAUUUUGUUUUUUGAAUGUUUGUAUAAGGGUUGUUGCAACAAUUAAAUGUUUCAAAUUUU